GCGCCAGUUACCUCCUUAGCCGCCCGCGCUUAGAAGUCGUAUUGUCAUUAACAGGUAAGGAACAUUUAGAGGUGAGUCCGGGUCGUAGUCAGGGUCGACCUGGACUCUUUUGUUCACCUUUAAAGAUAGGUACCUAGGAUGAAAAAGCCUUUGUAAGUCACCAUAGUAUUAUUUCUCUUGUUCAGUUGGUUGGUAUUGUCUUCUUCCUUGUUUUAUACCUACAAUUACAUCACCCAUAUACUUUAUAAUUGCCAAGUUUUCUUAUCUCAUUACUCCAGAAGGGAAAAUCAAUUAGCAAGCUGGAUAUCCAUCGUCGACUUAUAACGAUAAUAUCUUCAACCUCUCGAUAGCCUCAAUGGUGGCUAUAUACCCCCGUUUACCAAUCAAAGCCUUAUCCCCCUGUGGCUCCCUCAUACCCUCUCUUCUCCUGUCUUCCCUCCUUCUUGUUCCCCUCGUCAACAGCCAAACUGUAAUCGUCAUAACAGUCGCUCCUCCCAUCCCUAGCGAAGCCCCCUCAUUCAUCAACCACGACACCUUCACUUCCGCCAUCAUCAACAGCACCAACUUCCACCGCGCCGCCCACAACGCCUCCACCGUCCGCUGGAACGACACCCUAGCGGCUUUCGCCUCGGGCUACUUAUCUUCGCACUCUUCCUCGUCGCCACAUUCCCAGACAGAAACCUGCCGCAUGAAGCACUCGGGAGGUCCUUACGGCGAAAACCUAGCGCUAGGAUGCUCUGAUGCGGGAGACUGCGUAGAUCUAUGGGGUAACGAGGAUGCGCAGUAUAACUAUGACGACCCGGGAUUCAGCGAAGCGACGGGGCAUUUCACGCAGUUGGUAUGGCGCGAUACGACGGAUGUCGGGUGUGGAGCGAAACUGUGUCCUGGGAAUUACGGCUGGUAUCUUGCGUGCGAGUACUGGCCGCGCGGGAAUAUUCUCGGUGCGUUUGCCGGGGAGGUCGAGCCGGAGAGCGGUGCGGUGUCACUGAGGACAAAGAAAGGGGUGGGCUCCUGGGCUGCUGAGGUGUUGGUUGUUGGUGCGGUGAUGGUUGCAUGGUGGGGGUUGGUAUGAUGUGUCUAUUAUAUUCAAAAAGUAUAGGCGAG